AUGCUCACAGAUGCGUUCAUCAAGGCCCAUGCUGGGGCCAAAAAGGUGCAGGCCCGGAAGGCGGACAUCUUCAGGAUAGCCCAAAGGGACGAUGAGUUGUUACGAGAAUUUGUGAACCGCUUCCAAAGGGAACGGAUGGAGCUCCCUCCGGUUCCGGAAGAAUGGGCAGCGCAAGCUUUCACCAAAGGGCUUAAUCCUUGGAGCUCGACUGCUUCAUUCAAAGUGAAGGAAAACUUGUUGGAGUACGAGGCUGUAACCUGGGCAGAUGUCCAUAACAGAAUGAACGAUGUAGACGUAGUAGUGGCAGCUAAUUCCAGCAAAUGCCUGGAGGACCAGAAGAUUUCGCUACUACAGCUCAGAAAUAACCUUACUUAUGAUUCUGAAGGAUCCAUCAAGCUGGCAAAGUGGGACGAGAGGAUUGAUUGCUGCCAAUGGCAGGGUAUCACGUGCAACGGUGCAGGCCAAGUUAUUGGUCUUGACAUUAGCUAUGAAGGGUUCUCAGGCAAUAUCAAUGAUUCUUCAUUAGCCAAUCUUAAGUUUCUUUCUGAAAUCAUUCUUGAUGGGAACUAUUUAUCUGCUCCAAUUCCAGAAUUCUUCGCGGACUUCUCCAAUCUAACUGUCCUUAGUCUAAGAUUGUGCAACUUAACAGGUGAAGCACCUCAGAGAUUAUUCCAGGUACCAACUCUGCAGAUAAUUCACUUAUCACAGAAUGUGAUGCUUGGGGGUUCUUUACCUGAAUUCCCGUCAAAUGCAUCUAUGCGGAUUAUAGUUCUUAGUUACACAAAUUUUUCUGGAACUUUACCCAAAUCCCUUGGGAACCUUAGGAGACUAACUCAUCUUGACCUUUUGACUUGCAGUUUUACAGGUCAUGUCCCAUCUUCUAUAGAAAAUCUUACCCAGCUUAUUUAUCUGGAUUUCUUCCUGAAUCACUUCAGUGGUUCAAUACCAUCCUUUAGGCAAUCCAAAAAUCUGUCAAUUAUGACAUUUAGCCAUAAUAAUUUCUCUGGUGAGAUUCCGUCUUCUCAUUGGGUUGGCCUAGAGAAUCUAAUAGCCCUUGAUUUGAGCAACAAUUCACUUGCUGGACUAAUUCCGGCAUCAUUGUUUUCCCUACCGUCACUUGAGAUGUUAGAUUUGACCGGCAACAAGUUCACUGGCCAAAUAACUGAACCACAGAAAGUGACUUCUCCACUAAUACAGCUUUAUUUGGCUGGCAAUAACUUGGAAGGGCCAAUACCAGAGUUUUUCUUUGAGCUACACAAUUUAAAAUAUCUUUCGCUUUAUUACAACAAAUUCAAUGGUACUUUGCAGUUGAAAAAGUUUACAAAGCUUGAGAAACUGGUAGAUCUUGAUCUGUCGGACAACAGCUUAUCAGUUGACACAAAUCUAAGUGAAUCAGAGCUUGCAUUGUUUCCCCAUUUGAGUUUCUUACGUUUGGGCUCUUGCAGUCUGUACAAUAUUUCUUUCCUUGUGAGUCUCCCUGAGGUGAGGACGUUAGAUCUGUCGGACAACCAUCUCAGAGGUGAAAUUCCAAAUUGGAUAUGGGAAAUUAAUGAUGGGGUUAUCACUUCUCUAAAUCUAUCUGGUAAUCAUUUCACGCACUUGCAGAAACCUUAUAGAUUUCGUGAUAUAGAUUUCCUUGAUUUACAUCUAAAUCUGCUUACCGGAGAAAUUCCAUUACCACCAAGUGCAGCUUCAUAUGUGGACUUGUCUAGCAAUAAAUUUACUUCUAUACCACCUGAUUUUGGCAAUCACCGCUCAAGGGCCGUGUUCCUCUCACUCGCGAACAACACAAUCAGUGGAACUAUCCCUUCUUCAAUAUGUAAAGUGGCCAGUCUUGACGUACUUGAUCUGUCCAGCAACAGUUUGAGUGGCAGAAUACCGGCAUGUCUAGCAACAGCACUUUGA